UUUGAUAAUCAUACUUAGUGAGAGGACUGUUACUUGUAUUGAUCCCAAACCGUUGACGAAUACCGUGAGGCGAGGUUCAUGAUGGACUCGUCAUCAGAGCUGAGCGAUUCUCCUGGAGUUAAAAAGCUCCACGAUGCACCAGUCCCUGCGUCACCGACUUUCGGUGCCACAAGGGACAGCUCGACGACUUCUGCUAGCUCAGCAUCCACAUCCUCUCCAGAUCGAGUAACGGUUAGUCCUCUAUCAUUUCCUACUUCCUUCCACAGUGAUAUUCCCAUGCAGAUCAAGCAGGAAUGCGAAAUAACCACGAACGAUACGAGAGAGCUCUCGCCAAGACCCAUGUCCACCUGCCUUCCCACAACUGCUGAUAAAAACAAUUUCUCAGUCGAUAUCCCUCCCUCGACGUUCACCCCCUCCACAGCCGCGGUCCGCGGAAACCCCAUGAUCCACAUAAAUCCCUCGAUCCUCUGCUCCGAUCAAAGGGCGAAUUGUCCAGGCCUAGGGACUCCAAUGCCCUGCCUCUCCCCCUCUGCAUACCCCUACCCCUAUUGGGAGCACUCCUCCAGUGAAAGACCUCCCAGUCCCUCUGGCUCCCACUCCAAAAGAUCAACAAGACGUAAUCGAAAUGAAAAAGACGAGACAUCAAAAAGGUCGAGGACUCUUGCGACACUUGCAACCAAAGACGAUAAACCAUAUCUGAUAAAGAGCAUGAAGCAUUCAGAUUUUUUUGCUAGUGGGAAUGACGAUGCCACCCCAAGAAGAUGCAGGGAUGCUAGAGAUUGGCUCAAUGAGAAAGCUGCCAAGGAUCUCACUAGGGAGAAAAUUCCACAUUUCGUCGAUCGUGGCACGUCACCAAUAAACUUUGGCAGGAAGAGACUAUCCAGAAGGAAGUCCAGGGACGUUGACCUCUCUCCGAUCAGGUGCACAGAGCCUGUGAGACGAUGCAAGUCAAGUGCAAGCGAGAAGUCGAUGGAUUAAAACUACCUCGUGGAAUUCAUUUUAUUUGCUAACAGUGUUAACUUAAGUCAGGAUAAUUAAGUUUGGGGGACGGUCAUAGAGAUCGUUUACAUGCAUUAGUCACUAUUCCGAAAGGGAAUUUCUGAAUAUUUUUGAAGACGAUUCAAAGGCCAUCAUCUGGAAAUGGCUGGAAUUUAUAUUUUCAUAUAAUCGGAAUUUAUGGAAUGUUUGAUAUGUUAAUUGGAGAAUGAAUUUUUUUAUAUGCUUGCUGGAUAUUCUUAAUACUAAUUUAUGAAAUUGCUUAAUUUCAUAAAUUGCAUAAAUUUCAUAAAUGUCCCUAGAAGGUGGGAUGGGUAGUAAGGAAUGCAUCAACGAUGCAUGAGGUGUGUUGCAUUCUUUAAUAUCUCGUUGAUUAACCCGUAAACAUCGAAAACACAUUGGGUCGAUCAUUAAAACUUUCAAGACAGUGGAUUCUUGUGACAAUCGCAACUGAAGACGAUGAACCUGAUUUGGUACAGAACAUGAAGCAUUCAGAUUUUUAUGCUAUUGGGACUGGCGAUAACAUCCCAAGAAGAUGCAAGGAUGUUAGAGAUUGGCUCAAUGGCAAGGUUUACAAGGGUCUCACCAGGAAAAAAUUCCACGUUUCGUCGAUCGUGGCACGUCACCAUUAAACUUUGGUAGAAAGGGACUAUCCUGGAGGAAGUCCAGGGACGUUGAUCUAUCUAUCUAUUCAUCCCCGUCUUUAAUAUCUCGUUGAUUAACCCGUAAACAUCGCAAUCCCAUUGGGUGAAUUAUCCAACCUUCCGACUCAGUGGACUUUUCUAACAGUUGCAACCAAAGACGAUAAACCAGAUCUG